AUGGGGAAGAAGCUGCAUCUCAAGAAAGCUCAACAGCAUCCUGGGGAACCCUUCUUCCCGUCUGAGUUGCACCAGUUCCUUGACAGGGCGCCGCGUGAAAGCUUCUUGCCCGGUGUAGAAUGCAUGCUGGAUGACAAAGUUAUACUUGUGCGCAAGUUCUUCACAGCCGCUGUCUGUGAGCAGCUCAUCGCGCACUUUUCGCGGCCUAACGUGCUCGAGCUGUUCCACCAACGCGGCUCCCGCGACUACGCCGAGCGGCUGAAUGACAGGGCAUCCGUUACCGACUCCGAAACCGCACUGAAGCUGUGGCGCAAGUUGCACGCCGUUCUGGCGCAAGAUCCGCAUGUGAUGCAGGACCUCCGCUUUAGUGGAGCGAAGGGCCUGAAUCCGCAAUUGCGCCUCUACCGUUACCAGAAGGGACAUCAUUUCGGGAAGCACUACGACGAGUCGGUGUCGGUCCCCGGUGCAGGGCGCACUCAAUGGACAGUGCUGAUCUACUUAUCAGGGGGCGAUUCACUGGAGGGCGGAGACACAGUCUUCUACAAGUACCAUGAACGGGGUCAUGAGGCGGUCCAUCCAAUGCCUGGUUUGGCUCUACUGCAUAAGCACGGCGAUGACUGUCUGCUACAUGAGGCGCAAAUGGUGAUGAGGGGUGUGAAGUGGGUUUUGAGAAGCGAUAUCAUCUUUUAA